CAUUUAGUUUCCAUAAGCAUGUCGAGCGAUAUAUCCCAAGAAACUGCUCAAGUUGGUGAAGGUUCAUCUCAAAAGGACAAGGAUGAGAAGGACUUGACCCACACAGUGGCCAAGCACUACAAUGAGCUACAGGAGGCUGGUCUGCAAUCGAGAACACAGAGUCGAAUCUUUUACUUGAGAAAUUUCAACAACUGGACAAAAAGCAUACUAAUUGGUGACACUUUGAAGAGACUGAAGAAUGAAAGCCCUCCAAAUAAGACUAUAAAUGUCCUUGACCUUUGCUCAGGCAAGGGAGGUGAUCUACUCAAAUGGAAAAAGGGAAGAAUUGACCGACUGGCAUGUGCAGAUAUUGCGGCGACGUCUGUGGAACAGUGUGAAUCUCGCUACCAGGAGAUGAUUGACAGGAACAAUCGAGACCGAUACCCACAGAAGAUAUUCCAGGCUGAGUUUAUUGCUGCAGAUUGUACCAAGGUACGGCUACGGGACCGCUACAAGGACCCGUCUAUCUUGUUUGAUGUGGUGAGCUGUCAGUUCUCAUUCCACUAUUGCUUCGAGAGUCUGCCGCAGGUGGAGAUGAUGCUCCAGAAUGCCUGCGAGUGUCUCCGUCCAGGAGGAUACUUCAUUGGAACCACGCCCAACUCAUUUGAAUUGAUUCGGAGAUUGAAGGACUCCCCUGACAAGUCAUUUGGUAACGAGGUCUACCGAGUGACGUUUGAGUCGGACAGCAAGGAGUCCUUCCCACUGUUUGGGGCCAAGUAUGACUUCCAUCUGGAGGGGGUCGUGGACUGUCCGGAGUUCCUGGUGUACUUCCCAGUCUUAGAGAAAAUGGCUGAGAAGUAUGGUAUGCAACUCAUUGCAAGAAAACCUUUUGCCGAUUACUUUGAAGAAAAUAAAGAUGGGGAGGGCCGGUCCCUCCUGGGGAAGAUGCAGGCACUUGAGGCCUACCCAGCAGACCAGGGCACAGAUCUUGUUAGCUCAGUUGCAGACAACUACAAGCAUGCUGUGAGUUUCCUGGAGGCAAGCGAUGACUCCGGAGACCGAGGUCGCAAACCAAAAGUGGGUACUCUGUCUCAAGAUGAGUGGGACGCAGCAACAAUAUACUGCGCCUUCAUCUUCAAGAAGCUGGAUAAGGAGGAUGGGGGUGACCAGGCAGCCACACCCGAGCCCCGCCAGGCCCCCAAGAGAAAGCUGGAGGAAGGACAGGAGGUGCUUGAAGAUGAAUCUCAACUCAAAACCCAGAAGGUCAACGAAUGACAGCCUGUGCUGGAGACUGUGGUGUAAAUUCCGAGAUGAACAGUGGGAUAACAUCAGGUCCUGGGACUCCAUCUGCCCAACUGUAUCAUGGGAAAGCCAGUGCCCAUGACGCCAGGAUCUACCAUGCGAGCCUCCUCGUAACCAUGGUGCUGCACCUUCGGCAAUGAACUUUGACAUCUUGAGAUAACCUAAUGGAAGUUGGAGCUUCUUGAUAUUUACAGAAGCAAAAGAAACUUGAUAUUGUUGUUGAUAGUAUUGUAUUCACUGAAGACUUCUGAGGUAUCACUGAAAGUCAAUUAACCGGUGAUGUGGUGUAUGAGGUGUUUGUUGGUAUAUCUUUAUAUGUGCUCCAUGUAUGGUGAGUGAGAAAAAUGUUGGAAUAAUUGUAAGAUGUAAGAUGAUGCCUACGUUGGGUCAGUCUCAGUUAUUUAUACCCGUAAUACCAGUGUCUCUUGUUACACUUAACAAUUAAACCGAUCUCAUUUCAAUUAAAUCUUUUCGUCUGAUACAAUGUCUCUGUGCCUCCUCAUCUGAUCUUCACACAGAGAACUAAUGUAUCAGAGUAGUAGAUCUGAUUGCAAUGAAAUAAUCAAACAACUGUCAAAACAAUAUAAGCUGAACAAAAAUAUCAAAACAGUUGUGAUAUUGAUCCCCAGGAUUUUCAGAACACACCAAUGACAAUUUCAUUUUCUUGGAACAAGAGACAUUCCAUUCCACUGAUGAUUUACUGGCUUCUAAAGUUCUGUAUCUAGAUCACAGAUGUAACUCUGCAGUUGUGUCCAUCGUCAGCUAAUUUCAACCAAUGCCGUAAUAUUUCUGCUCCAAGCGCCAUUAAACCAAUAUGUAUUUCGGUCAUUCAUCAUCUUCCAUAAACCAGUCACAUUUUCAUAUGUGAAUCUAGAACCGCUUUAAUAUUUUUUCCGAUUAAGAGUUUUUUGGGUUUCCAUGGCAACCAUGUUGAAAUCUAUUCGGGAAGUUUUCUGUUUGGUGUGUAGCUACCAGGAAGAGUAGCCUAAGCAUAACAUGUUCUGACUGAUUACUGACCUGAAGGUGCUGGUCUGUUGUCAUUUUGUGUAAAUAUAUUUGCAGAUAGUUGACCUUCGUAAAAAUCCAUACCAGGUGCAAUACAGUGAAUUGAACUAAUCAGAACAUGACAGUCUUUGGUUCCAUGAAUGAACAAACACACAACACGUCAGAAUAGGAACUUCAAACUAAAACAAUCCUGUAAAUUAACAGCAGAAUCCUAUAUUCCAUUAGCUUCACCAGUGUUACAUAACAUUUUCUUUAGACCAAACAUUUCAAAAUGUCUCACAUUAUGAAUUAUGAAAUAAAUUGUAUUGUA